AUGCCGCGCUCCACUCAGGGCAGUACGCAGUCCUCCGACUACUACGACGAUGACCCGGACUUCCUCAAAGCCAUCAGCGAGCUUCCUCUCCCUGGAAUCGACAAUGCUCCUCAGGUAUCUGCAAACGGUAUCUCCGCAGGACCAGCCAACGAGCCACCCCUAGCACAGCAACCACGCAAGAGGUCCCGAGACGACGACGACGCCUUCAUCGACGAGGACGAGGACGCGGCGCAGUACCACACUGGCAUCAGCGCCGUAGAUGCGCACGCAGACGACGGUGGGGAGUACCUCGAGGGCCAUACGUAUGGGCCGUCUCGCUUUGGAGAGUGGGGCGAGUACAUGUCUCGCAAGCGCGCGAAGUUGCAAGUCCAGAACGCGCAGAUUCAAGAUUCAGAGGACGUCGAGGGCGAAAAUGUAGUCAAAAGCAGACUUUUCAGCGGCUUGCAGAUCUACAUCAACGGGUGGACAGAGCCCUCGAUACAAGACCUGCGUAAACUGAUCGUCCAAAACGGUGGUAUAUUCCAUGCGUACCUUGACAAGAAGUCGCUCGUCACCCACAUCCUCACCUGUUCGCUGACUCCUGCCAAAGUGCGCGAAUUCCAGCACAUGAAAGUCGUGCGACCCGAUUGGCUCGUAGAGAGCCUGAAAGCGGGCACCCUUCUCCCCUGGCAAGACUUCCUCUUUCACCCCGGCGAACGCGCCGAAAACGCGCAGGGGCGCAAAGUCGCACAGAAGAGUCUCGCCAACUUCGUCUCGCAAGCCCCUCAAAUCACCGCACAACCCUCCGCCGUACCAUCUCGCCCUGAUCCUCCAAGACCGACCACGCCUCCGAAGUCCGUGCAGAUGGGCAAGGGCAAAGCUCGCGCCUCGAACCCUCCCGCGCCCACCACGCCCUCCCGCGCCCACGCGCCGCCGGGCCUGUACACCGCCGCCUCCCCGGAGGGCGCCGCCCACAUCCCCGGGUACGCCGCGGACAGGUCGAACCCGCACGCGACGCGGGCGAUGGCGGACCCGGCGUGGCGCGCGGCGCACACCUCCGUCGCGCCCGACUUCAUCCAGGGCUACUACCGCAACUCGCGCCUCCACCACCUCUCCACGUGGAAGGCCGAGCUCAAGAACCUCGUCGCGGAGGCGCAGGAGCGCGCGGAGCGCGGCGACGCCGGAAAGGCCGGGGAGGGGGAGGACGCGCCGCGGGCGGAGGAGCGGAGCCAGAGCGCGGGGCUGGAGGCGGUGGACCGCGUCGUGCGCGAGAACAUGGGUGGGCACGGGCUUGGGAGUGCGGGGCUGCAGGGCGACGUGAGCAUGCGCGGCGCGCGGCUCCAGAAGGGCAAGGGCAAGGGCAAGGCGGGCGCGGGCGAGGAGCGGGUGAUCAUGCACUGCGACUUCGAUAGCUUCUUCGUGUCCGCGGGGCUGAUCGAGCGGCCGCAUCUGCGCGGAAAGCCGGUCGUGGUGUGUCACUCCCAGGGGAGCACAGGGGGCACCUCCAGCACAAGCGAGAUCGCGAGUGCCAGCUAUGAAGCGCGCGAGUUUGGGAUCAAGGGCGGCAUGAGUCUCCAGCAGGCUAGAAAACUCUGCCCCAGUGUCGUCACGAUACCGUACGAGUUCCAGAAAUACAAGCAGUUCUCCCUGAAAUUCUACACUAUCUUAAUGGCCCACGCAGACGAUUUGCAAGCGGUCUCGGUGGACGAAGCGCUUAUUGACGUCUCCUCCAGCGUCGCGCGGAUCCGCACGGAGAUCGCGGACCGCACCGACGCCGGAGCUGAGGUUUCGGAGCCCUCAGAUCCCGCAAAGGACUUUGCCGAGGCUAUCCGUGCUCAGGUGCGCAAGGCGACAGGUUGCGAAAUCAGCAUCGGGAUCGCCAACAACAUCAUGCUGGCGCGCCUCGCCUCUCGCCGCGCGAAGCCUGGAGGCUCGUUCCACCUCCGUCAAGAUGGCGUAUCCGAGUUCUUGGCUCCGCUCGACAUCGACAAACUUCACGGGUUUGGAUGGUCGGCGCGGCAGAAGGCUGAAGAGAAGCUCGGCACGACGAACCUGGGCGAGCUUGCGCAGAAGAGCAGAGCCACGCUCUGCGAGGCUCUCGGAAAGAGCACGGGUGAGAUGUUGUACAAGGCUCUGCGGGGCAUCGAUGAACGCCAGCUGGAAAGCGACAAACCACGCAAGUCCGUUUCCUGCGACAUCAACUACGGCAUCCGCUUCGAGAACAACGAGCAGGCAGAGACGUUUGUGUUUCAGAUGGCCGAGGAAGUAGCACGGCGGCUGAAGGCGAUUGACAAGCGGGGGCGCUCCCUCACUCUGAAGGUGAUGGUUCGCGAUCCCGAGGCUCCGGUGGAGGCUCCCAAGUUUCUCGGCCACGGCAUGUGUCUGUCACACAACAAGCAAGCGCCUAUCGUUGCACCAGGCGGAGGUGCUACGAGCGACGACAAGGUCAUUGGGGAGCACGCGUGGCGGCUGCUGAAAGCGUUCAGCUUUGACCCGAAAGAGCUCCGCGGGAUCUCCAUCCAGAUGCAGAAGCUCGAGAAUGCGUCUGGCCCUCGAGAGGCUGAGCAUGGGCAGCAGUGCUACCAGCCUCCAAACGCUCGCAGCCCAGGCGUCAACCUAGAGCUUCCCUCGUUCUCUCAAGUCGACAUGUCCGUGUUCGAGGCGCUCCCCGACGACGUCCGCAAGGAGCUCGAAGACGAGUACAAGCGCCGCUCCGCCACGCCCGCCCCUCCCGCGAACCCCAUGCCCCCGCCGAAGCGCUCCCCGCGCUCGCGCGCGCCGCUCUCGCAGACACGCCGGCUGUUCGCGAAGCGCGUGUACGCGUCCUCGGUCGCGGUCUCGGACCGCGAGCUGCGCGGGUACGGCUUCGACCCCGCCGUCUUCGCCGCGCUCCCGCCCGAGGUGCGGCGCGAGCAGCUCGCGGCGCACCGCGCGCCCGGCGUGACGCUCCACCUCGCCGCGCGCAAGCCGCUGAAGCCGCACCGCGGGCCGAAGAAGGGCGUCGCGGGCGGGUACAUCGUCCCGCGCCCGCCGCCGCCGCGCGCGGUGUUCCCGCACCGGCCGGCGCUGAAGCAGCAGGGGCCGGCGCCGGGGGAGCGGCUCGCGUUCUGCGAGACGGAGGACGUGCAGGCGGUCGUCGGGCGGUGGGUGGCGGGCUUCGCGGAGCACCCGCCGAACGCGCGGGACGUGGAGUAUUUCGCCAAGUUCCUCGUGCAGAGCGUCGACGGGGAGCGGUCGGGGGACACGGGCGUGCAGCGCGCGGUCGCGGUCGCGAAGUGGUGGCUCGUGCUCUUGAGGCGACAUUUUGGGGUGUGGGAGCAUGUGCAGGAAGAGGAUUCGGAGGCGCCGCGGCCUGCGCGGAUGACGUCUGAGUACGUGGGGCGGGCGUGGUGGAAAGCGUUUCGAGAGGUCAAGGCGCGGAUGGACGCCGUCGCACGGCAGAGGUUUGGUGGGUGUUUGUCGCUCAAAUGA